UAAAACAAAUAUUUGAUUUAAAAUGAAUAAAUCAAUAGAAAUGUUGCUAUGGAAAUACACAAUUCCAUAACGACAGUUCUAAAUCUAAUUCCUUUUUACAAACAUUAGUCUGUAGAACGUCUGUUAGUUCUUUCAAAAUGUCUGUAGAAACUACAAAUCACAAAUUUAUAAAAAUUUGUGUUAUGUUACAAUCGGAAGAAAAGAAACGUCGUAUACAAGGUUUAAAAGAAAUACUAGAUAUUUUAAAAUUAUCAUAUCCUGAAAGUGAAAUUCUUGAAUUGUGGAAUGCUGUAAACAAAUGUUUACUUAAAAUUUUAACUGAUCCUGCAGAAAUUUGUCGUGAUAAAGCUUUAGAAAUUUUCAAGUUGCUUAUAACUAAUUUAACACCUCAUGAUAAUUACAUUAUGUAUUUGCUUCCAAUUUUAUCAAGGCGAUUGGGUUCACAGGAUCUGAUAGAAAGUUCAGAAGAAAUCAGGUUGAAGUGUGUUACAUUAUUGAAGUUAUUAAUAUUGAAAUAUAAUAAUUUACUGGCAUCGUAUAUCGACGAUUUAAUAAAAAUAUUAAUCCACACUAUAACAGAUAAUUAUUCAUUAGUUAAAAGAGAAAGUUGUGCUUGUGUAUCUGAACUUGCUAAGAAUUUAUCAAAACACCUGUACGUUCAUUCUGAGAAAUUUUUAAAACCUAUUUUGGAUAAUUUUACACACCAACAUUAUAGAGUUAGAAUCAGUUCUAUUAUUUCGAUUGGGGAUUUGAUUCAAUAUGGAAAUAGUAAAUGUAUAGAAAAUGUGGCUACCCCUUUAGCUGAAAGAUUAUUUGAUCAAAACGGCCUAGUGAGAACAGCUGUAGUAGAAGUAGCAGGUUACUGGCUUUUAAAUUUAAAAGAUCGGUACAGCUGGUGGCACAAAAUUCUUCCAUUGCUUUUAACGGGUCUUCAUGAUGAGUUACAAGAAAUUAGAGAAAAGGCUGGAAAUCUUUGGGAUGCUGUAGGACAAUUAUACAUAACAGAAAAUCAGAAUGAUGAAAAAUUUAAAGAUAAAUUGGACUUUCUUACAGAGGCUCCUCAUCAUUAUCCUAACAUUGUCAGACCAAAUUUAGGAUGUCGUGUAAUAGCGCAGCAAACUUUUAGUAAACUGAUUAAUGGAAUUAAUACAGAAUUAGGAGAUUGGAUGCCAGAUAUAAGAGUGCGAUCUGCUCAGUUACUUUGCGUAUUCAUUUUAAACAUAGAAGAAGAUAUAAUACAACAUAUUGAAAAGCUUUUACCAUCUAUGUAUCGGGCCUGUAACGAUGAAGAUGAAAGAGUUGUAGAAAACAUAGAAAGAGCAGCAGAAUAUUUAGGAUAUUUUGUGCCUCCUAAAACUUUCUGCCAUUUAAUAAUACCUACUCUUGAGGAAACUCCAUCAGUUGGUCACUUGAAGAUAUUUGCUGCAAUUAUAAGAAGUAGUGAACCCUACAGGCUCCUUCCAUUAUUAGAAACAAUUGGAAAAUUUAUGGCGCAACCACAUAUUUGUCAAAGUAAAAAAAUAGCAUAUCAACAACAAGUGCUUUCUUGUUGUCAUUCCUUAAUUUCAGUAUGCAAGGAGGAUUGUAAACUCAUAUCAAAGGACUUAUUCAUAGUAGUAUUCACUGUUCUGUCUAUGGCAAAAGGGCAUGCUAUAAAAUUGGAAGCAAAAGAAGUUUUAUAUACCCUUACACGUAUUAACAACUUUGACAAUGUAGAAAAACUCUAUUGUGAAUAUACUAGAGAGAUAAUUCCAUUAUUUUCUGAUUGUAAAUCAUGGUCAAUUCAUAAUCCUGAGUCUCAAAUUUUCUGUGCAUGUUUAAUCUAUAUCAAAACAGUUCUCAAUUUUAAUAUGGAUACUAUGUUACCGAUUUUAAAACAAACCAUGGCUAGCGAUGCUGACCCUGAAUUGAGAUUAAAACAUUUAAUCUUGUUAUCAGAAUAUUUCAAUCGAGAAUCGUUACAUGUAAUUAUAGAUUUAAAAUUCCUUAAUCAGUUUUUGGAAGAUUGCAUACUUCCUGGAUUAGUUUGGACUGCAGGUAGAGCUGCUGAAACUAUACGCACUGCAGCAGUAGGCUGUCUAUGUGCACUUUUGCAAAAGUAUAGAGCAGAUUCUUUAACACAAGGAAAUCAAUAUCCUUUAGAAGAAAACACUUUUGCAACGCUAGAAAAAAUAAUUCCUACUUUAAUUAGUCUUGCAGAUGAUAAUUCUAAAAGGAGUAGACUAUAUUCUUUGCAAGCCUUAUAUUUGAUAAUGUGCAUCAGAAAUAAAUCUUGUAAUCUCACCGAAGAAUUUAUACACAAAAUAUAUCCUAUACUUCUAAAAAGAUUAGAUGAUGGAUGUGACAAUAUUAGAUCAGCAUCUUUAGAAGUUCUAGUAGAAAUUUGGAAUCUUAUACCUAAGGAUUAUAAUUUACAUUUCAAUAAAGCACAUAUAGAUACACUAUAUACUACUACCAUAAUAUAUUUAGAUGAUCCAGAAAGUGAAUUUCAAAAUUUUAUGUUAGAUAGUUUAAAAGAAUUAGCAAAAGUGCAUCCAGAACUAUUAUAUCAAAAGCUUCAAAACUGUAAAACAAAUUUUAGAAACCAAAAAGGUAUCGAAGUUCUAUUAGAACAUUGUCAAAAAAUGUCAGAGUCAAAUGCAGAUCAUAUAGAUCCGGUGGAAGAGGAAUUGGAAGUAGAAUCCAAUUAUAAGCCUCCUCCAGAAAAGACGAUCGAACAGAUUUUAGAAACAGACAAAGAAGAUGAAAGUUUACGUAAAUAUAAAGAAACGCUUCUAGGAGAAGCAAAAUCUGGUGGUAUUGUUGUAGAUCCAAAUGAUCCAAGAAAGGUAAUAGUAAAAAAGUUAGCGUUGUGUGUUGCGGACCGACCAGAUAUGGAAUUGGAUUUAUCAGGUGAUUUUUCUCAACUGAAGAAACAAACAUUUGUGAUAAAGGAAGGCGUUAGUUAUAGAAUAAGGAUUGACUUUAUUGUGCAACGUGAAAUUGUGCAUGGUUUAAAAUACGUUCAGAAGACAUACCGUCUUGGAGUACCCGUUGAUAAAAUGAUGCAUAUGGUCGGUUCUUAUCCACCGAAAACAGAAGUGCAAUCGUAUACAACCCCAGCAGAGGACGCACCAGCUGGAGUAAUGGCGCGUGGUGCCUAUAGUGUAAGCUCCUUGUUUACUGAUGAUGACAAGCAUGAACACCUAAAGUGGGAGUGGUCAUUUGAAAUUAAGAAAGACUGGAAAGAAUAAGCUUCCUUUCAUAACUGGGAGCCCUACAAUGAUCACAAUUAAAAUAAAAAUGCCAAAAGGGACUCUAAUUUUGAUAGCUAUUCAGCCGUAAUGCGAUGCCAUAACUGUAUUUUCUAAGUAAUAAGAGAAAGAGUAAUGUUGAUAUUUAUUUAGAUACUUUUCCUGAAUCGUAAACCUUGAACAUGAACAGUUUGAUGUGUGCGUGUGCGUGUGCGAGUGCGUGCGCGUGCGUACACAUGGAAACAUGCAUAUAUCAUACACAGAAUGAAAAACACGCCUGCGCAAACGCAUUAUAUGUAUACACACACACACAUAAAUAUAUACAUACAUACAUACACAACACACAACACACAUGUGUACCACCGAAUCAUGUAGACACUAUUUUGUAAUUGUUUAAAUUGUGCACAAUGUUGAUCAGUAUUUGAUUAAUCUUACAGUGUAGUUGACUAUAUCCUAUUUUAAUUUGUUUUGCUUAAGAAACAAAAUUAAGAUUUUUUAAUGCAAUAGUAUUUAUGUAUUACUUCAUUGAAGAAAUUAGAUAUUAUUUUAAUACAUUUCCAUUAAUAGAGAAAAAAAUAAAUGCCAAUUUCUUUAAUUAUUAUUUAAAAAAAAAACUAUGUUUUUUAAAGUUGAGAAAUUUAAAACAUAAUAUAAGAUUGAAAAAAAUAUUUAAAAUAUAUAAUUUAAAGGCAUUGCAAAUUUAGAGAAUUUGGAGUGUGCACUAAAAAUAUUCCUUGUAUCGUGUAUGUUAAUAUUACUUUUUAUAUGUUCCUUUAUAUGGGGUUUGUUGUUAUUAUAGUAUUUGAAAGUGCGCAGUACUUUCUUUAAGUGCAUUAUAAGUUAUUGCAUUGCUUAAAAUUUAGUGUUUACAAUUUCAACAGUCGUUUCAUAAACUGUAAUAUAAAAAGGGGUUUGUAACAUAAAUUAGUAGCAAGAAACUGUCAUUGGAAUUGUAAUUUCAAAUUACAAUAAAAAUUUGUAAAAUGGAAAACUUUAAUGUAGGGAAAAUUCA